AUGGAUAAUCUUGAAGACUUUGACCAUUUUAUGCAGAAUGUUGACAAAAUAAGUCAGCUACUGGAAGACUUUCAGUCCUCUGAUGUUGACGUGCAAGAAAAAGCCGUGGCAAAGGCCGAUUGCUACAUCACUGCUUUGGAUAAACCCUGCCGGACAAAAGUUAACAAGACAACAAUCAACACAAAUCCACCAGUCCGUCCUUCCAUGGUAAAACAUAAUGAAAGUCCAGAGAAUUUUAUGAAGAUUAUGGAGAAAGAUGCUGACGACCGUAGAACAAAGAGACUGGCAAAAGUGAAAAAGGCCACUGCUCUCAAAGACAAGGGGAAUGAAGCUUAUGUUCAAGAGGACUAUGAAACUGCUGUCACGUUUUACAGUGAAGGGUUGGCUGAACUAAAGGACAUGCUGCCUCUCUACACCAACAGAGCACAAGCCUACAUCAAGCUGAAAAGAUAUAAGGAGGCUAUUGAUGACUGUGAAUGGGCCUUGAAGUGUAAUGAGAGAUGUAUAAAGGCAUACCUACAUAUGGCCAAAGCAUACCAAGGAUUGAAGGAAUAUAAUGAGGCAAAAAAGUGCUUUGAAAAAAUACAGGAAAUUGAACCUGGGAAGAAGAGGAUGGUGAAAGAAUACCUGGAUCUGGUAGCUGUGGAAGAAGAAAGAGAACGUCAGGAAAUGAAUGCGAGGCAAGAUCUUGUAAAAGGAGAAACGAAGGCCACAGCAGUGCCCCAACUGCUGGAGAAACUGUCGAGGAUGAACCAGGUGCCCCUCUUUUACUGUGGAGGACUGGAAAUCCUGUCACAAGCAGUUACUGACUGUACAGGACAGUCUCUCUUCAGACUGAACAAUGGCUUUAGUAUCAUCAGCAACAAUGAUGUGGUGAAGAGUUGUUUGUUGCAGACAACAAAUGACCAGGACAGCCAAGAGGUGUGUGCUUCUGUGCUAAAAUUAUGGAGAGUCAUUUGUUGUGAAAAUGAUGAAAACCAGAAAAUGUUGAUGACGUGUCCAGUCAGUAGACUGUCUCUUGUUCAGUUGGUGACAUCGGAGCAUCCUGCAGUUGUGAAAGAAUGUCUAACAUUACUGCGUUUGUUCUCUAAAACACCACAUGGCAGACGUUUGGCUAUUGACAACCUAAACUUGCACAUGUUAGUAAGGAACCUCAUGCUGUGCAUCUCAGAACCAAAGCAGCAGCAGGAGAACACGGCAGUCUACAUUUUGGAGAACUUAGCAGCUGAAGAUGGGUUUUGUGUUCAGCUGAGAGAUGUAUUGACAGAUUGUGCUGUUGUUCCAUUUACAACAAUGCUGGGAAAUAUCAACAAGUCUAAUCAACAAGUCCUUCCAUCUCUGAUAUCUGCUCUCUGGUUUUUGGCUCGAGAUGAUGUCAUUUGUCAAAAUCUUUCUCACAAUCAAGACUGUUGGAAAGCUUUUCUGAUUGCCAUUAAACAAUGCAGUGUCUCAGAAUACAAAGAGAUCCUGUACCAUUUACUUGACUUGAUUAUCAACCUUUCAAGGGUCAGCUCUCCAGCAAUUCAGGAGCAUGCUGUUUCACUCUGCGAGUGCUGCUUAGACCUGCUAAAGAAUGCUGAUGGAGGAAUUUUAACAAGAGCCACAGGUGUCCUUAGCGCAGUCCUUCCUCACUCCUCUGAAGCUGUUCUGCAUGUUACUCAAAGGGAAGUCGUUCAGACCAUGUUGAAGCUGCUGAAGGGAAAAGGUCAGACUGCCACCAAGUAUGCCAUUAAGACACUGACAGUUUGCACUGCUGCCAGUGACUUUGCACGGGAAGAGCUGGUGAAGUCUGAUAAAAAACUGUCCGUUUUACGUCAUUUGCUGAAUCUCAGCUGUGAUGAGAUGAUUUCAGGAAAUGCAGCUCUGUGCUUGGCCCAUUGCUUCCAACAGGAAGGAGUCGCCACCCGCCUGUUGGGAACUGAUAUUGUGUUGCUACUGCUACAGCUUGCUGCAGGGGAUGCUAAGAAGACAGCUGUGCAGCAAAAUGCAGCGAUUGCCCUUGGGAAACUGUGUCAAUCUGAGCCCAGACACAUACAUAAACUUCGGGAACUACAUGGCCUUGAGAUCCUUCAUUCCUGUGCAAAGUUCAUGUCCUAA